UUCUGGUGACGCACUGACGUGGUCUAGAACCCUCAGGUCCUGUGCCUGCGAGUUUAGACUCCACCCCUCGCCCCCGUGACCAUGCGCUGACCGCGUCGUCUUCUCUGUCUAUUACAGAGAGUUGUGUUGAAAAGUGGCUGAUUACGACGUUAAUUUGCAGGCCUGAGCUUGGAAUUGUUCUGUGCGCCAUUUUUACCUUCAAGAUAGUUGUACGAGGCGUACGUGAAUCUACGUAAACAAAUUAAUUUCUGUGGUCAACGGAUGGAACUUCCAGCAAGUGUCGUUUGAAGCUAAAGGACGUCUAAGUACUCAAGCGUCGGGAAAACAGUGCCCCCCGUGGCCCAGACGCUAAUGAGAUUCAUUUUCGACGCGCUGCACCGCCGAAAUCCGUGCAGUGCGUCGCGUAUGCAACGCAGGAUGUGCCAGGAGAAGAGCAUCCGAAACGCGUUGCUCAGUGCGAGAGUACUGGCUGCUACGCAGUGCCAAGAAAACUUCCGGUACGAAACCUGGAACUGCUCCAGCGUACACCGGAACAUCAGUUUCUCCGACGGCAACAAAGUUUACCGCGAGACGGCGCUAAUGUACGCCAUGUCUGCGGCAGCGCUGACCCACGUGGUGGCCGAGUCCUGCGCCAAAGGUACCAUCAGGGGCUGCCGCUGCAGGGAGGAGCUGAGACCUGAGGACACGAGGAGGAUCUGGCGUUGGCAGCCCUGCGGGGACAACUUCAGCUACGGUCGACGUUUUACAAGACGUUUCACGCAGAUGGGGCAGUGGCGCACGGCGGAUUACCUCCACGAUUUCCUGGUGCGCCAUAACAUGAACGUUGGCAUCCAGGCAGUUGGGCAGAUGAAGGACGUGUGUAAGUGCCAUGGUUUGUCUGGUUCUUGUACUGCUACGACGUGUUGGAAGCGUCUCAAACCAUUCAAGGAGACAGCGGAGAUACUGAAAGCGAGCUACUAUAAGGCGCAGAUCACAUCCUCGAGCAACCACGCAUCGCCGAAGAGGGGUUCCAAACGCCUGGCGCCCAAGAGCAACUUGAUCUACGUUCAAGAUUCACCCGAUUUCUGCCAGAUGACUCGCGGACGUCGAUGCCUGAACCCGGAAAACUGCGGGACUUUGUGCUGUUGUCGGGGUUACAUUUCCAUGACAACAGCGGAGGAUCGGAGCUGCAACUGUCGCUGGGUGUCCCGACAUUAUACACUCUCGUGUAGCAAGUGUACGUUCAUGAAAGACGUCUAUAUUUGUAAGUGAGGCAUUUCGCGGUCUUCAGAAGCGAAAUACUUAAUCUUCAAGGUUCGUUCUACAGCCUCCUGCAACGAAAUGGUAAAAAUUUCUAACGAUUCGGGGCGAAAAAAUUGUUUUCUCUUUUCUUAUUUCGAAGCUGGACAUAAAAAAUUGAAAAUUUCUCUAUAUCGCCGGCAAUUUUUAUCAUUUCAACGCCCAGAACAACAACGAACAUGUAUUUGAGAAGUUUGGUGUAAAAAUGACUUACAUUUAUUUAUUAACACCACGAAAGCAUUUUUUUUAGGGCUGUAGGAAACCGUCUUUACAAAUUUUAACAAAUAUUAAUGGCCCACCUUAUUUCUGUACAAAUUGCUAAAUCAAACGGUUAUUGAAAGCAAUUUUUGAAAUUUUCAUAAUAAAUUUCGACCUCUAAGAGCAAAUUAGAUCUGAAUCAGCACCAAUAAUUGCGUAAUAUUCUGUUAGACGAAUGAAUCGAGCGUAAAUUUCCACAUUAAAAGUAUUUCGUGCGUUGCAACACAAGAGUAAUUAUGUCCGAAGUAAGAAAAUUCAUUAAU